UAAUUAUAAGCCCUCCAUUUUGUUGAAACUGUAAAACAGCAUCCUUAUCGGCUACUAACUGUAAUACCUCUCGAUUCCAAACAAAGCUCCGAGUAUCUAUCUGCUCGGCUGAGAAAGAAUCCUGUGUUUGCAAAUGGAUACCUUUCUACUCACAGUUGCUUCGGAAGUUGGAAAGUGUAUAGUCGGUUUUGAUGGGAACUCUGGAACCCGAAUCUUUCCUGCCAAAUCAUCAGCAAAAUUCCAUCUUCCCUCUUCUUCUUUCUCUCUUCCAUUUUCCUCCGGGAAGUUGAGAUUCUCCUCCCUCAUCGCGGCUGCAAAUAAGAACAAGAAGGUCGAUAACCAUAGCUUCUUCCCAGGACCAGAUGAAGCCACGGGUCCUUUCCCUGAAGCCGUCCUUCUCAAAGAGGCUGGAGAAGAUGGUAGGCUUGAGUUUGCAGAUGCUGAAGAGCAAGCACUGUAUGAGUCUUUAAAUCUUCAGCUGGAGAGUGAAUUAAAUGUGGAAAGAAUGCGCCACUAUGAAGUAGUGUACUUGAUUCAUGAAGAUCACAAGGAUGAUGUGGAGAGUGUGAAUAUGAUGGUUCAAGAUUUUUUGAAGGAGAAGAAAGGAAGGGUAUGGAGAUUCAACGACUGGGGUAUGAGAAGACUAUCAUACAAGAUAUGUAAAGCAACGCAGGCGCACUACAUUUUGAUGAACUUUGAAAUGGAUGCGAAAUGGAUUAAUGAUUUCAAAGAAUUGCUUGACAAGGACGAGAGAGUUAUCAGACAUCUUGUCAUGAAGAAGGACAAUGAGGAGACCAAGGAUUGCCCCCCUCCUCCAGAAUACCAUUCUUUGUGUGGUGACGAUGAUGAGGGUGAGGAUGAAGAUGAGGAAAUCGAUGACUGUGAUGGUGAGGAGUUUGAUGAUGAGUUUGACGCUGAGUUAGAUGAUGAUGAUGAGGAGGAGGAGGAGGAGGUGGAUGAUGAUGAUGAUGAUGAUGGUGCUAUUUAUGUGGAAGAAGAAGAUAUAGUUUCUCUGAGUACAAUGGUAAGGUGAAGAAGAGAAAGUAGAUAAGAGGAAGCUGAGUACUGCAAGUCAGGAGAGAGUGAAAAUGUAAUUGAAAAAAGAGUAGGCUAGGCGGCUUACCACAUCUUACUCCAAUGAUCAAGUUUGCUUAUUAUGGCCCCGUUUAUUAGAAAAUUUGAUCUACCUUGGUAAGCAAAUGUGUUCCCUCAUUGAAUGUGGGAUGAUCCUUGAGUACGUGUGGACAAGGACUUAGUUUCAGUGUUUUUUGCCCAAAAUUUAAUUCGAAUUUUGGCCCUGGAAUUGAUGUAGGAUUGGUCUGGUUCAGUUUAAUAUGAUAUUAAGUCAGAACCGGUUGAUUCAUGUUGCAUUUUUUUAGUUAAAGCUCAAAUUUUCGCGUUUCG